CAUCGCGCUUCCGUUCAGCACCUCUGGUGUUUGUGUUGUUUUCUGCUCGCGGUCAGACCGCAGCGAUGCUCUCUACCUGCGACUGUUUUUAUUUCUCAAGCUAAUCCAUCAUGCUUCUGUCAUAAUUCUGUCAAAAUCCACUUUUUCUCAUCAAUGGUCGCGAUAUGGCGAGCUCUUUUCACAGACCCUCAGCUCAGGCGGCCACAGAGAAGGAGCGUCUGCUGACCCCUGUGAUGGGCUAUGGCUCCGGGGACCUGAACGGCGGGCCCCUGGACCUGUGCAGUUUGGGCUCUCAGCAGCAGCAGCAAGAUGAGGAGGAGGCCCUCAGGAGGAAGCUGAAGUACUUCUUCAUGAGCCCCUGUGAUAAGUAUCACGCUAAAGGCCGCAAACCCUACAAACUGGCCCUUCAGCUGCUGAAGAUCAUCAUAGUCACUGUACAGCUGGUGAUGUUCGGGCUCAGUAAUCAGAUGGUGGUGGCGUUUAAGGAGGAGAACACGGACUCCUUCAAGCAUCUGUUCCUCAGAGACUACGUGGAGGAUUCGCAGGAGCCGCUGUGCCUCCACACGCAGAAGCAGGUCCAUGAGCACAUCCGAUACGCCAUAGAUCAGUAUUUGAUUCUGUCCCAGACGUCUGUCGGCAGGUACGCGUAUGUUCCAGGAGUGGGUCCGAACAGCAGCGCCCUCUAUCUGUGCCAACGGUACUUUAAGAAGGGCACCAUCGACCCAGUUAACGACACGUUCGACAUAGACCCUCAUGUUAUUACUGACUGUUUUGGAGUAAAUCCUUCAGAUCCAUCAUCUCCAGUGCAAGACCUCUAUCCAAACAUCACCCUUAAUUUUCAGAAGUUGGUAAACGUGACCAUCGAGUUCCAGCUGAAGGCCAUAAACAUCCAGACCAUUAUAAACAAUGAGAUUCCCGACUGCUACACCUUCUCCAUCACUAUCCUGUUUGAUAAUAAGGCUCACAGUGGGAAAGUGAAGCUGAGUUUGCUCAACGAGGCGUUCAUUAAAGAGUGCAGAGACCCCAAUGUGUCUGGACACGGAGACAGUUACGCACGUGUGGCCUUCGAUGUGUUGGUGGCGGUGGUCUGCGGUCUCUCUCUUGUGCUUUGUGGACGCUCCAUCCUCAAAGGAAUCAUGCUACAACAUGAGUUGGUGUGUUAUUUCCGCGUGUCUCUGGGUCGUUCUGUGAGUCUGGGUGACCGUCUGGAGUUCAUCAACGGCUGGUAUCUGCUGCUCAUCAUCAGUGACGUCCUCACCAUCAUCGCCUCCUUCAUCAAGAUCGCCAUCGAGACCAAGAAUCUGUCCUCGUAUGACGUCUGCAGUAUCCUGAUGGGAACCUCCACUCUGCUGGUGUGGGUCGGGGUCAUUCGAUACUUCAGCUUCUUUCAGAAAUAUAACAUUCUGAUCGUGACUCUACGAGCUGCGUUUCCAAACGUUAUCCGCUUCUGCUGCUGCGCUGCUGCCAUUUAUAUGGGCUACUGCUUCUGCGGCUGGAUCGUCCUGGGACCCUACCAUGCCAAAUUCCGUUCUCUGUCGACGGUGUCCGAGUGUCUGUUUUCUCUGAUCAACGGAGACGACAUGUUCGCCACGUUCUCGGAGGUGGAGCAGAGCGGGACGCUGGUGUGGGUGUUCAGCCAGAUCUACCUCUACACCUUCAUCUCGCUCUUCAUCUACAUGGUGCUGUCGCUGUUCAUCGCACUCAUCACCGGAGCCUACGACACCAUCACUCAACAAACUCAAGACGUGCCGCAGGUUUCUGAACUGCACCGCUUCAUCGCCGAGUGCACAGACACGCCCACAUCCGGAAACUUCCGCAGCCCGGAGCCGUCCACCUGCUCGCUCUUCUGCUGCUUUAGCUAGACUCAGACGGUGCGUCCCAAAUCGCAUACUUCCCUACUUUAUAGUAUGUAAAAAAACAAAGUAGUAAGUUUGAAUUUAUAGUAUUGGAACAGUAGAUGAGAAGUACCCGGAUGAUCUACUACUACUGCAGAGAUUCUGAAGUACGCAUCCUAUGGACACUUUACUAUCCCAUGAUGCCACGGGAGAGGAUUUAAGAAUGCAAGCAGGUAUGUGAUGAUGACAACAUGGCGGAUGUAGUACAUCAGAGUUACUUUCAUACUCCUCAC